AUGGAGUCCAAAGUCUCUGAGGGUGGUCUGAAUGUGACCCUCACAAUCCGACUUCUGAUGCACGGCAAGGAAGUCGGAAGCAUCAUUGGCAAGAAAGGAGAAACAGUGAAAAAGAUGCGUGAGGAGAGUGGCGCACGAAUCAAUAUCUCAGAGGGGAAUUGUCCAGAGAGGAUUGUGACCAUUACUGGCCCCACAGAUGCCAUCUUCAAGGCUUUUGCCAUGAUCGCGUACAAAUUUGAAGAGGAUAUAAUCAACUCCAUGAGCAACAGUACAGCUACCAGUAAGCCACCAGUAACACUGAGGUUGGUCGUGCCAGCAAGCCAGUGUGGAUCCCUGAUUGGCAAAGGAGGCUCCAAAAUUAAGGAAAUCAGGGAGUCUACAGGUGCCCAGGUUCAAGUGGCGGGGGACAUGCUGCCCAACUCCACAGAGAGGGCGGUGACCAUCUCGGGAACCCCCGACGCAAUUAUCCAGUGUGUUAAACAGAUCUGUGUGGUGAUGCUGGAGGCCUAUACAAUUCAGGGACAGUACGCUAUCCCACACCCAGAUUUGACCAAGCUCCACCAGCUGGCUAUGCAGCAAACCCCCUUUACUCCCCUUGGACAGACCACCCCUGCUUUCCCUGGAGAAAAGCUGCCCUUACAUUCCUCCGAAGAAGCUCAAAAUCUGAUGGGCCAAUCAGCAGGUCUGGAUGCCAGUCCCCCGGCCAGUACUCAUGAACUCACCAUUCCCAAUGAUCUAAUAGGUUGUAUAAUCGGACGCCAAGGGACCAAAAUCAAUGAAAUUAGACAGAUGUCUGGAGCACAGAUCAAAAUCGCCAACGCCACAGAAGGUUCAUCAGAACGCCAAAUUACCAUCACAGGAACCCCAGCAAACAUCAGCCUUGCCCAGUACCUCAUCAAUGCCAGGCUGACGUCUGAGGUCACUGGAAUGGGUGCACUCUAA